AUAACAAUAUUACGGAAAGCUGAAAGUGGAAAAUCGAAUUUUAAUCAGUGAUAUGUCUAAAUUUUAAUCACGAAUGUGCAAAAAUAAUUAGAUAUUUAAAAGUGUAGUCGCAUUUAGAAAACAGAGCUCUUUCAUAUACGCGUUACCAACUUUUUUGCGAAAUUGUGGACAGCAAUUUGAAACAUGUGUACCAGACAUUCGCUAAUGACGUUAGCAAGAAAUUAGCGAAAAUUUUGUUUACGUAUGUAAUGUGUUUUAACUACGAAAAUGCAUGUAAUGCUGUACGAAUACAGUGAUAAGUGUCACGCAUGCUCGAAUGCAUUUUAAAUGUCAAAUAUAAAAGCAUUUAUUCGUAGUUACACGUUUUGGUUGGAGAGAUUUUCAUACGACAUAGAAUUUGCAUAAGUUAUGUCCUUGUUGCGUGCUUCGCACGAUUAUCAGAAUACUAUGGCUAAACCGUGUUAUAAACUAAGAACAUCUCUUUUUGGACAUGCAUCGGACGUAAGAGCUGUGGCUGCGUUUACUGACGGAACUAUCGUGUCAACUUCUUGGGACGAAACAGCCCGUGUAUGGAAACCGUCAGGGAAUGGGAAAGAUUAUGAACAUACUACUACACUGAAAGGACACACUAAUUUUGUUACUUCCGUAUGCGUUAUAGACCCAUCGGAACAUAAUCCUACAGGUUUUAUUAUAACUGGCAGCCAUGAUAAAACCAUACGUAUUUAUUUACCAGAUCAAACAGAACCUAUAAACAUCAUAAAGAAUCAUCAAGAUACAGUAUGUAAAUUGAGAGCAGGUAAAAAGGAAGGGACAUUCCUUUCAAGCUCCUGGGAUAUGAGCGCCAAAGUCUGGAACCUCAAUGAUUUAAGCAAACCAUUACUAGAUCUGUUAGGUCAUACUGCUGCUGUAUGGUGUGUAGCAGAUUUAUCAAGUGGGUUUUAUGUGACUGGAUCAGCAGAUAAGUUAGUUAUAAUAUGGACAAGUGAUGGGUCCAUACAACAUAAAUUAACUGGCCAUACUGAUUGUGUUCGUGAUAUUUCUACAAUAAAUAACAAUGAAUUUUUAACCUGUGCCAAUGAUGCCACUGUACGUCAUUGGAAUGUAUCACUUGGAACUUGUUUAGGAACAUACUGUGGACACGAGAACUAUAUUUACAGUAUUGUAGCCUUUGAAAAUGGAACAAGUAUAUUUACUGCUGGUGAAGAUCGAACACUUAGGAUAUGGAAUAACAGUGAACUAAGUCAAACUAUUACUCUGCCAACUCAAUCUGUAUGGUGUAUUGCUUUACUUCCUGAUGGUGAUGUAGUUACUGGAAGUUCUGAUGGUAUUGUCAGGAUAUUUAGUUGCAAUCCAGAACAUUAUGCAGAUCCAGAGAUACUAGAAAAAUUUGAGCAGGAAGUAGCUAAUGUUAAGCUUAAUGCUCAACAAGAGUUAGGUGGGAUCAAAGUUAAGGAUUUACCAGAUGCAAAAGCAUUGCUACAACCUGGUCAGAGAGAUGGACAAACUAAAAUUAUUAACGACGGCGAUGCGAUAAGAGCAUACAGUUGGUCACAAAAUGAACAGAGGUGGAUAAAGAUUGGAGAUGUUAUGGGGGCUAGUGGUGGCAGUGCAGCUACAUCUGGAAAGCAGCUAUAUAAUGGAAAGGAGUAUGAUUAUGUAUUUUCGGUCGAUAUACAAGAUGGCAUUCCCCCCUUAAAACUACCAUAUAACAAUGAUCAAGAUCCAUGGCAUGUUGCUCAGAAAUUCCUUCACGACAAUGGUCUUAGUCAGUUAUUUUUAGAUCAGGUUGCAAAUUUUAUAAUAAAAAAUUCCCAACCUGCACCAGUUGUAAAAGCUGAUGCUCAAUAUGCUGAUCCUUUCACAGGAGGUAGUAGAUAUAUUCCUCAAGCAACAACAGAUACAGUUCCUCAGGAAUGUACAAAAUCAACGACGCUCAACUCUUCUGACACAUCUUUAACUCCUUCUUAUAUCCCUCACAUUAAAUACUUGAGAUCAGAACAAGCUAAUCUUCCUGCUAUUUUGGAAAAACUACGAGAAUUAAAUUCUAAACAAAUUGAUGCUCUCAAAGUAACGAACGAGCAGUUGGAAUGUUUAGUGAAAUUAGCAGGAAAUCAGUCACCCGAACUGAGAACCGAUGCUUUGAAUACUUUAAUGACCCUUUUAAACUGGUCAGACGACGUAUUGUUUCCUGUCCUCGAUAUAACAAGACUCAUAGUAUUGUGUAAAGAAAUUAACGACGUUCUCUGUACAGAUGAAUUGUUGCAAAUCGUGAAAAAUCAUAUCAGACGCGAUGCACUUCCUUCUAAUCAAAUGCUCGCGUUUCGUUUAUUGGCAAAUAUGUUCGCUCACGAAACAGGUGAAAAGUUAUGCAUUAAUUACAAAGAUGAGAUAUUAAAAUCAAUAUUGGGCUUAGAAUCUCUUGGAAGUAAAAACAAUCAGGUUGCAAUUUCAACUUACAUAUUAAACUUAACCGUGGCUUUGAACAAAUAUGGCGAUACUGUUGGUAAAACACAAUGCUUAAACGUAAUAUUCUCUGUUUUACCUCUUUUGAAUGAAUCCGAAGCGGUGUUCAGAACUCUUGUAGCGCUAGGAACACUUUUAUGCACGGCAACAAAUCAACAGGACCGUGAUGAUUUAAUUAAAGCAGUUCGACAAUCUGAAGCUGCAUUAAAUAUACUUAAAACUAUGUCAGAAACAAAAAUCUCGACAAGUACACCGAACAAACUGGCGAACUGUUCAAAACAGAUUAUCAGCUUGAUUAUUUAAACGUUGCAAGAUAUAGAAAAUUAAAAAGAAAACAAUGAAAUGAUGAACUCAAGACUAAUGAUUAAUGUUGUAAUUAACAAGUAUACUUGCCGAAAUUGCGUUAAAUAGGCUUCUUAUAUUUUUUGCAAUUUGAUAUUUAAAACAUUAUAGUUAUCUAUUACUAAUAAAAGUACAUUUUGCCAUAACAAAAAGAUAAUCUUCAUUUGUACAAAAAGGAAACCGAUAUUAAAACUUCGUGAAACAUA